UCUACAGAUCCGCAGCUCCUCGGCGCCACUAGUACUCCCCAAACAGUUUGUAGUCCCACAGUCGGCAUUGAGCAAAGGUGUAGUAGGUCCAUUCCUCCUCCAACCUUCACUGAUCAUUGAUUCCCCAGAUCAGGCCGAGAUGAAGAGGAACGCUAAGAAGGCCACGGAGAAAGAUGGCGCAAAGGCGCCGCCGGCGAGGCAGUCACCAAGAAAAAGGCCAUGUACAGACAAGAAGGGUGAGGUCCGUGAGGAGGAAGACAGACAUGUAUGGCUGGAUUCGGACGCCAAGUCGUUAGACUGCGGCAUCUGUUUUAUGCCUUUUGAGGCUGAAGUGUUCAUGUGUAUCAAUGGACAUGCCGCGUGCGCAGAAUGUUGCGUGCGCAUAAACAAGAAGUGCUGGUGCUGUGGGGAGGCAAUCGGCCGCGUCCGGUGCCGCCCGGUGGAGAACAUGCUCGCCGAGAUGAACACGCUUUGCAAGUUCAGCAACUACGGCUGUGCGGAGAUCAUCAAGUUCGUCCAGAAGCGGGCGCACGAGGAGUCCUGCCGCCACGCGCCGUACGGAUGCCCCGUCGACGGCUGCAGCUACCGCGGCAUGAACAUGGGUCUGUACGCUGGCGCCGGGGCGCUCCCUGUACCUGGUCUGCCUCGGCCCGCGCCCGGAAGGGAACGUCGACGUCAGGUACAAGAUGGAGGUGCGCGGCUCCGAUGGAGAAGGCGCGCUCUCGCUGCUGGGGACGGCGUCGUGCAUCCGCGAGCUCGAGGGCUUCGAGGCCAACAAGUUCCUCUUCGUGCCGGAUGCGUACUGGGGGCCUUCCGCUAGUGUCUCCGUCAGCGUUCGAAUCGGUUGACAGGGCCUUGCUGCCGCUGAUUCCGUUCAUCUCACCCGGGGCGGGAUGCCACCAGUUGCGCUCUCGCUGUUCGCUGUUGCGUGGUGAUAUUAGCUUCUAAUGGGGUUAUUAGUUGUUCUUCGUUGGUGGCCAUGGUUUACUUAUUACCACUAGUAUGAGCAUUUCUACUUCCUAGUCGUAUCAGGCAUGCUUUUGCUGCACUGGGAUGCCUGCUAGUAGUGAAGAGGAGUACGUACUUUGGGUGAUGGGCUCCCUAAUCUGGAUUUGUGUGUUUGUCUUCGCCGUAUGCUUGCUGUCUAUCUGUAAUGACAUGUACGGAGUAAUGAACAACUUCAAGGGCCGUUUAAAUCCCGAAUAGAAAA